AUGUCGAACUCCAACAGUUGUUUAACAACUCUGUUUUCCGGAGGCGGCGGAGGAGGCGGAGGAUUCUUCUCUAAGAAGAGACCAAAGAGAAACACGAGUUCUCGCGUAAACUCGAGGAGCGGCAAGAGCAGCUCCUCCGAGCCGCCUUCGGGGCAGAGGACAAAGACAGAUGUGACGAUGGGAAAAAGGAUCGCCUUAUUCGCCGCCAUUGUUCCCACGUCCUGUUCGCUCGUGUUUCUCGCCUCGUGGGGCGGCGCGUUCCUCGCUCCACCCGCGGCGAACGCGAGAGAAGAAGAAGAACGUUUCAGCGGUUCGAAAUCGUCGAAGAGAACAUCUGCAAAAGGAGGGAGCAGUACGAACGUCGAAAAUGAAGGAGAGAUUCUGAGUGGGAAAAUAAACCUCAACGGGCGAAGGUUGGUCGCCAUCGGCGACGUGCACGGGGAUUUUCCGGCGGCGAUGAAAGCGUUGGAAAUUGCCGGAGUCAUGGACAAUAAAGGCGAAUGGAUCGGGAAAAACACGGUAGUGGUACAAGUCGGGGACGUGAUGGACCGAGGGGAUGCGGAGUUGGCCAUCUUUACGAAGUUUUUACGAUUGAAGAAGAAAGCGAUGAAGGAAGGCGGGGACGUGAUUGUGAUGAACGGGAACCACGAGAUUAUGAACGUGAUGGGGGACUUUACGAAGAUGAAAGAGAAGGAGGAGAGUAGUGGUAGUGGUGAUAAAGGUAGUAGUAGUGCUAAUAGUAACAAGGAGAACGCCUCUCCGGAUAGUAAUAGUACCAACGAGAGUAGCAACGAGAGCGAGAAAUCACCGCUGAAAAAAGCCUCCGAGCAGUUUCAAAACGAAGACCCGGUGAUACAAGGCGUUCGAGCUCGACGGGAGUUGUUCCAACCGGGUGGCGCGUUUGCGAUGAAGUUGAGCAAACACCCGACGGUGUUGCAAGUUGGAGACACGAUUUUCGCGCACGCCGGAGUCAAUCAGAGCCACGUGAAGUACGGUUUCGAUAGGAUUAAUCGGGAAGUAUCGCUGUGGAUGCAAGGAAAAAUUAAGAAUCCACCAGAUUACAUCGUCGAAAGCGAAGGUGUCGUUUGGACGCGAGAAUACGGAGGGAAAGAUGCCGGCGUGAAGUACGAAGCGGAGGCGUGUCGACGAUUGAAAAGCGCCUUGGCGUUGACUUCAGAUCCAGAGGCGAAAAGAUUAGUCAUUGGUCACACGCCACAAACGACCGGGGUAAAUUCUGGGUGUAAAGGUGCAGUUUGGAGAGUUGAUGUCGGCGCGAGUCGAGGUAUUUAUGGCGGGACGGUGGAGGUUUUAGAAAUUAAAGGCAGUCGCGUUCGGGUUCUCUCUUAA